AUGGAGAGUGAGACGGGGCCGGAGGAAGGCGGCAGCACCCCAGGAUCCUGGAUCUUAGUUGUGAGCCCGGGUCUUCACGACGGAGGGGCCCUGGGGCCUACCAGCCUGGUGGGGGCGGCAGAGGCGAUGCAGGCCCCAGGUGGUGCGCCAGCAGAGGAGGCCGCCCUUUUCUGGGUGGAGGCAGUGGAGGAAGGUGCGGCCCUGGAGGAGGGAGAGGUGGCGGGAAUCGGGCAGGAGUUCCAGCUGCUGGUGUUAGACGUCAUGGAGGAGGUGGAGGUGGCGGUGUACGAAGAGCAGGAGCAGGUGUCCUCAGAGGAUCAGGGCCAGGAACAUCCAAGGCCCAGCGCCCCGAGUGACCAGCCUGCACUGGAGGCGCUGGUGGCCCUGCAGCUGGAGUUGGAUCCCGUGAAUAAGAAAGCCCAAAGGGCACAUGCUCGCCUGAAACAUAAGAACUGCCAGAGGCGGAGGGUGCAUCUAGAACACAGAAGUGCCAUCAUCCAGGGAAUCCCUGGCUUCUGGGUCGAAGUUUUUAUGAACCACCCCCAAAUGUCAGUUUUGAUGAGCAACCAAGAUGAAGACAUGCUUCACUUCAUGACCAACUUGAAGGUGGAGGAAUUCAGGCAUCCCACUCAUCACUGCAAGAUCACAUUGUCCUUUCGGAGGAAUAGGUAUUUCCAGAAUGAAGUGAUUGUUAAGGAGUAUCUGAUUAACAUCACUGGAUACCAAGCAUCUUGUUCGACUCCAGUUCAGUGGUACCAGAGGUUUGAACGUAAGGCAUACAGCCGCAGGCACCAUGACAGCAGCGUUAAUUUCUUCAACUGGUUCUUUGACCACAACUUCACUGGAUCUGACCGGAUUGCUGAGAUCAUCAUAAAGGAUCUGUGGCCCAAUCCUUUGCAGUACUAUGUGAAGAGGAAGGCUCCACCACGAGAGAUACCGGGAGGACAAGAGGAGCCCCCUCCCCCUAGAUGUUGA